UAUAAACAUUUUAGCUGCCUGAAAGACAGCAAGAAAACUAAACAGAGCAACUCUCUGCUUCUUCCAUUUUGCACGAAGGAAGCUUCAAAAGUUACUAGAUUGUUUUGAUGGAUUGAGUGGCCUGCUUUCUAUGUUAUUAAGCUCCUUUUUAAUUAAAAGAAAGUGUUUCUUGGAACGUAGUUUUCAUUUGGGUAAGAGCAUUUUGAACCCGAUUUCUGAGGAUAUUGUUCUUAGAGCUAUUUGUGUUAAUCUCAAACAAAGGAGAUGGAAUUUCUUGGAGAAAAAUUUGGCGAGUCUAACAAGUGCAUUAGUGAGUCGUGUUGUUUGUGAGUUUCGGAACGCGCCUCAGUUAGUUUUGGAGUUUUACAAUUGGGUUGGAGAGAAAAAGAGUGUUUUGCACUCUUUGGAGAUUUCAUGCAGUGUAAUUCAUGUUCUGGUUAAUUCGAGGAGAUAUGACGAUGCCUUGUCUCUUAUGGGGAAUUUGAUGACUGUAAAUGGCUUAUCUCCUCUGGAGGUUCUAAAAGCAUUGAAUAAUAGUUAUGGAAUCUGUGAAUCAAGUCCUGCUGUUUUUGAUGCAUUGGUUCGUGCUUGUACUCAAAUAGGGGCUCCUGUGGGUGCUUAUGAAGUGAUCAAGAAGUUGCAAAUAGAGGGUUGCUGGGUUACAAUUCAUGCCUGGAAUAACUUUUUGAGCCAUCUCAUUAAGGUGAAUGAGAUCCAUAGGUUUUGGAUGGUGUAUAAGGAAAUGGUUUCUUAUGGGUAUAUGGAGAAUGUAAAUACUUUCAACUUGGUUGUGCAUGCUCUUUGUAAGGAUUGUAAAUUACAAGAAGCACUGUCUGUGUUCUAUCGAAUUCUGAAGAGUGGUAUUUGGCCUAAUGUUGUUACUUUUAACAUGAUGGUUGAUGGAGCUUGCAAGAUGGGUGACAUGGACCUUGCCUUGAAGCUUGUUAGGAAGAUGGAAAUAAUGUCUGCAGGAUCUAUCAAGCCCAAUUCUGUAACUUAUAACAGUCUCAUUGAUGGGUUUUGCAAAAUAGGGGGGAUAACUGUGGCAGAAGAACUUAGGAAUGAAAUGAUGAAAAUAGAUAUUGAGCCUAAUGUGAGGACCUAUGCAACCAUGAUUGAAGGGUAUUCACGAGCAGGGUGUUUGGAGGAGGCACUUAGGCUAUGUGAUGAAAUGGUGGAAAGGGGAUUGCUGCCUAAUUCUGUGGUGUAUAACUCAAUUAUGCAUUGGCUUUACAUGGAAGGAGACGUGGAUGGAGCUUCUUUGGUAUUCACUGACAUGUCAGAUAAGCAGAUACCCCUUGAUAAAUUCACCUGUUCAAUCCUCACAAGGGGUCUUUGCAGAAAUGGCUAUAUAACCAAAGCUCUUAAAUUCCUUAACCAAGUUCUAGAAAAUAACCUCAUUGAAGAUGCAUUUUCACACAAUAUUCUUAUCAAUCUCUUAUGCAAAAGCAACAACUUUGCUGCAGCCAGGCAACUGUUGGCCAGGAUGUAUGUACGUGGCUUGGUUCCUGAUGUUGUUACAUUUGGUACUUUGAUCGAUGGGCACUGCAAGGAAGGGAACAUUGAAAGUGCAGUUCAGGUCUAUGACAAAAUGGUGAAGGGUGAGGAAAAACCCAACUUGUUAAUAUACAAUUCUAUUAUAAAUGGUUUAUGUAAGGAUGGAUUGGUGGAUGUUGCAAGAUCUUUGGUAGAUGUAUUACAGAGGAUGGGUUUAGUUGACACCAUAACUUAUAACACCCUGAUAAAUGGAUAUUUCAACUGUGGGAAGUUUGACAAGGCAUUUAAGUUAUCAACAUUAAUGCAAAAUGCUGGAAUUUUAGCAAGCAGUGCCACUUACAACACGUUGAUCAAGUUUUUGUGUAAGUUUGGUUGUGUUCAAGAAGCAAAGGAACUGAUGACGAUGAUGGUCCUAUGGGGUGUGCUUCCCGAUAAUAUAACAUAUAGAACUCUUGUUAUCAACAUCAAAAAGAAUUGCAGUGCUGAAGAGGUAAUUGAAUUGCAUGACUACAUGGUGCUUAAGGGAGUUGUUCCUGAUAAACUAACAUAUGAAAACAUUGUUAGCCCACUUCUUCAAGAAGAAAGUGCAACCAGCUGAGUUUUGGUGCGGCUGAGUGAGCAUUCUGUGUAGAAAGAAGAAAACACAGGCCAAAAUUCUAUUCUUUAAUUUCUGUUGUUCAAAUCAAGAAUUUGUUGAGCUUACAAAGAAAUAGGGGAUUGCAAAUGUACUUUCAUUCUUACUUCCAGUUAAACUGCUGUUUCCAUAUAUAAGACACUGGAUUCAGGUUUUUUCA